CAGACCUUCAGGAGGGUGCAGGACACCCUGAGAGCAGCACACCGACUCACAGACACCCUGACUCAAGCCGGGAGUGGGAGAGACCACGCACGCUGUGUAGUCGGUGUGAUUUUACCGUCACCGGGACCGGGCAGACUUGUGUGUCAGUGUGUGUGUGUGUGUGUGUGUGUGUGUGUCAGUGUGUGUGUGUGUUAGUUAGCGCGGGUUUUUUUUUUUUGGGUGUGUGUGUUUGUUUUGUUUGUUUUCUCGUCUUUUAUUUUUUUUAAAAAUGGGAUUCUGACAGCAAGAGGGGCUGCCGGGCGCCGCCGGCUCCUCCUGACCGGAAAAUGAAGCGUCUCUGUCGGAGGCUGGCGGUGGCCGUGGCGGUGCUGGUGUGGCUGGGAGCGCUGGUUUACCUGCUGGUGCUGAGCCGGAGGAGGCUGCCGGAGCUCGGUGUCGGAGGAGGAGGAGGAGGAGGAGGAGGAGGAGGAGGAGAGACAGCGUACAAACAGAUGUCGGACGCCGAGUGGGAGGACAUGUUGGAGGGAUUCGAUGAACGGAGCUACCUGAACGCCCGGCGCUGGAAACCCGGGGACGACCCGUACACGCUGUACGCCUUCAACCAGCGAGAGAGCGAGCGCAUCCCCAGCAACCGCGCCCUGAGAGACACACGACACUACAGGUGCACCACUCUUCAUUAUGACUCUGAUCUUCCUCCAACCUCCAUCAUCAUCACCUUCCACAACGAGGCCAGAUCCACCCUGCUGCGCACCAUCAGGAGCGUUUUGAACAGAACUCCGGUUCAUCUCAUCCACGAGAUCAUUCUGGUGGACGACUUCAGUGACGACGAGAGCGACUGUCAGCUUCUCAUCAAACUGCCCAAAGUCAAAUGUCUGCGCAACAACAAGAGAGAAGGUCUGAUCAGGUCCAGGGUGCGGGGGGCCGAUGCUGCGAGGGCCGGGGUCCUCACCUUCCUGGACAGUCACUGUGAGGUCAACAAGGACUGGCUGCCCCCCCUGCUGCAGAGGAUCAAACAGGAUCCAACCCGCGUGGUCAGCCCGGUCAUCGACAUCAUCAACAUGGACACCUUCGCCUACGUGGCGGCGUCCGCUGAUCUCCGAGGAGGUUUUGAUUGGAGUCUCCAUUUCAAGUGGGAGCAGCUUUCACCUGAAGAGAGAGCCCUCCGAACCGACCCGACCCAGCCAAUCAAAACUCCCAUCAUCGCAGGCGGGCUCUUCGUGAUUGACAGGUCCUGGUUCAAUCACCUCGGUAAAUACGACACAGCCAUGGACAUCUGGGGCGGAGAAAACUUUGAGAUCUCGUUCCGGGUGUGGCAGUGCGGAGGCAGUCUGGAGAUCCUGCCCUGCAGCAGAGUGGGUCACGUCUUCAGGAAGAAACAUCCGUACAUCUUCCCCGAGGGCAACGCCAACACAUACAUCAAGAACACGCGUCGAACAGCUGAGGUGUGGAUGGACGACUUCCGUCUUUUUUACUACUCCGCUCGUCCUGCGGCGAGGGGAAAAUCCUACGGCGAUGUCCGUGGCAGAGUGGAACUCCGCAAGAAGCUCAAGUGCAAAUCCUUUAAGUGGUACCUGGACAACGUCUACCCAGAGCUCAAGGUCCCGGACGACUCUGACUCUCAGUCCGGGGUGAUCAAACAGCGGCAGAACUGUCUGGAGUCUCGCAGGAUGGAGGGCCAGGAGCAGCCCGUCCUCACGCUGGCCCCCUGCAUAGGAACAGAGGGGGUCCCAGCCAUCAACCAGGAGUGGGUGUACACACACGGGCAGCAGAUCCGACAGCAGCAGCACUGUCUGUCUCUGUCUACCACCUUCCCUGCCUCCCAGGUCCUGCUGCUGCCCUGCAACAUGGCCGACGGCAAACAGCGGUGGCAGAAGUCCGGGACUCACCUGGAGCAUCUGGUCUCCAGGUUCUGUCUGGACUCGGAGAUGGCUCUGGACGGGAUGGACUCCUCUCGGAUGCUGGUCAUCAGCCCGUGUGAACUGAGCGCGUACACACAGAGAUGGGAGGUGCCCUUCUCAUGACCCCCAAAACCCUGUGACCUUUCACCUCCAACCACAACAACAACAAACAACAAAAAGAAAAGGUGCUGUGAGUGGUUCACGGCCUCAGAGAGACAGAGACGGCUGCUUCUGUCCGAUGCAUGAGCUCGUCACAGACGUCGAGGUGCUGCUUUAAAGGGUCGCUGGGAGGAGAGUUAAAGACUUUUUUACUGUUUUUAUAACAUGUGGAUGCGUCAGGUCGAGAAUCCAGACUGGAUGGAGACUUCGCUCGAGGAAGAGAAUCAUCAGAAAAGUCUGUUUUUGUUUUGUUUUGUUUGAGGCUGUGGAGAAGUUUGAAAAAAUAAAAGUCGAACCAAGUGCACCUUAAAAACUCUGACCUGUUAAAGACUCGCGCUCAUGCUAGAGGAAGAAUAAAUCAAAAUAAGCUUGUUGUAAUCUUUCGCAAUGAAAGUGUUUUUGUUUAAGAAUCUGACAUUUCAAACGAAGCACAACCUGUUUUGUUUGUUUGUUCACUCGACCGCUUCAUAUCACGUGCACUACAUUUUAAGACUCAUUGUUCAUAAACCAAACCUGCAUCUUGGUGACUUGAUAAACACACAGUCCAAGUUCACUCAUGUUUUUUUAAAAAUCAGCAGGCGUGUCUCCUCGUGUUUAUGUUGUUGAUUACACUUCCACCUCGUGCUGCAUUUCUGUCAUGUUCGGGUAAGUGGCAAAGGGUUCUGCCUCCAAGUUUGAAUCCAGGUUUCACAGGUACAAGGGAGUGUUUUUGUUUCUCCUGUAAACCCUCAAAUUGACUUACUGCUUAACACAAACGAUGAUCUUUUAAUAGAAAUGUAGAAAUCUGCAGCUCUUUCCAAACAUGGUGUAACUUGUGUAGCUUUAAGCAUGAACACUUUUUUGGUCAGGUUUGGGAGAGGAUCAUUGUUAAAGCUCCUGUGAGGAUAUGAAACAUUACUGAUGCCUCCAUGGGCAUGAAGUGUGGCACCAUGGGUUUGCUUAAAACACUUAUUUUGGACUCACUGGGCACCAUAAAUCAAGGAUCGCAUCACUCUGCGUUUUGGAGGAAUGUCUUUUGGGAUUUUGAGUUGUUGGUUCUUCAAAAAUAAUUUACCAGUUUCCACAAAUGUCCCACUUUUCCCAGCUUUCUGAUUUCAUGAAAAAGUCCAACAUGGUCAGUGUGGAGUUCUUUUUUUGGGGGGGGGGGGGGGAUUGUGUUGAUAAUGUCCAUAAAAUCAUAUCUUAAUCUUCCUUUUGACUGGAAGGAUUUCAAACUGAAUCUGGUCCAAAGUAUGCGAAGUGAGCGACACACUAUCGACUUUAGGCGAAACAUAUUGAACAAAUUCGGACACACCGGCUGGUCUGCUGACACACAAGCAGAAAAGGGCUACAGGUGAACAAACAGAGACAUAAUAAGUAACAGAGAGGAGAGCGUGUCUGCAGCACAUCUCACACUGGAGGCUGGUGGACGUUUAGAAGUUUUGUUAAAUUGUCUGGAUUGAUGUUUUGAGUCUGAAGUAACCUAUAUGAGCUCACAUCUCUGACAUCGUCUGCUUGUUUUGUUGUUUGUUUGGACCCUCACAGCCGGACACAGGGUCGUUCGUGACGGUUCAAACUGCAGCUGCUGUGGAGAUCUGACCUUUGACCCCGCCGUCAUGUGACAGUCUUCUUUGGUUUUUCAUUUCAGAUUCCAACAGAGUCGAAACACAACUCGAGUUAAACACAGACCUACAACGUUAUAAGAAUAGAACUCGUUUGAGUUGUUUGUU